GGCGGUCGGCGAUGGCGGCCGUGCGGGGCCUGCGGGUGUCGGUGAAGGCGGAGGCCCCCGUGGUGGUCGGGGGCGGUCCGGAGCCUGAGGCGGAGGGCGGCCCGGAGACGGAGCCGGAGCCCGAGAGGGCCGAGCCCGAGCCCAUGGAGGUGGAGGAGGGCGAGCUGGACACCGUCCCGGUGCGGCGCUCCCUCAGGGACCUCGUCCCGGACACGAGUAGAAGAUACGAAAACAAAGCCGGGAGCUUCAUUACGGGAAUCGACGUCACCUCCAAGGAAGCAAUCGAAAAGAAGGAGCAAAGAGCCAAACGCUUCCAUUUUCGAGCCGAAGUGAAUAUCGCACAGAGGAACGUCGCACUGGACCGAGAUAUGAUGAAGAAAGCAAUCCCUAAAGUGAGACUGGAAACGAUCUAUAUCUGCGGGGUGGAUGAGAUGAGCACGCAAGACAUAUUUGGCUACUUUAAAGAAUACCCUCCAGCUCACAUCGAGUGGCUGGACGACACCUCUUGUAACGUCGUUUGGCUUGAUGAAGUGACAGCUACACGAGCCCUUAUUAAUAUGAGCUCUCUGCCCAACCAUGAUAAGGUCAAAAUCAGAGAUGCUAAUGAAGAGAAGGCACCCGAAAAAAUUAAAAAAGACAAGCAAGAGGACCUUUCCGAUAACGAGGCUGAGGAGGGAGAGGUUGAGGAUGACAAUGCAAGUGAUGUGGAGUUGGAAGCACUGUCCCAGGUAGAGGAAGACUCUCUGUUACGGAACGAUCUCCGCCCCGCCAACAAACUGGCUAAAGGGAAGAAAUUAUUCAUGAGAUUUGCUACAAAAGAUGACAAGAAAGAACUUGGAGCUGCCCGGAGGAGUCAGUAUUACAUGAAGUAUGGAAAUCCUAAUUACGGUGGCAUGAAGGGGAUCCUCAGCAACUCCUGGAAACGGAGGUAUCAUUCCCGCCGGAUCCAGAGGGAUGUGAUUAAGAAGAGGAGCCUGAUCGGUGAUGAUGUCGGCUUGACCCCUCCGUACAAACACCGGCAUUCAGGUCUAGUGAACGUUCCCGAGGAGCCUAUUGAAGAGGAGGAGGAAGAGGAGGAGGAAGAACAGGAUAUGGAUGAAGACGAGCGGGUGGUGGUUGAGUACCGGGACGAGCUGCAGGCUUUCAGGCAGGCUCGGGACCGCAGUGGCUCGAGGAGGUCCAGCGCCAGUGACUCAGACUCAGACGAGAUGGACUACGACCUGGAACUGAAAAUGAUUUCCACUCCAUCCCCCAAAAAGAGCAUGAAGAUGACCAUGUAUGCCGACGAGGUGGAGUCUCAGCUAAAAACCAUCAGGAACUCCAUGAGGGCGGAUAGCAUAACCACCAGUAACAUCAAAAACCGCAUCGGGAGUAAAGCGGCAGCGUCGGAGAAGGUGGCGGACGUGCGACUCCUUUUGGAAGAAAAACGGCAGAACACAGGGCAGAGACCACCAGCGAGCAGAGUCAAAUCAGAUGUGCGGCAGAGGCUAGGAAAGCGGGCUCAUUCUCCGGAAGCCACGCCCCCCAGCAGCACCUCGGCUCCCCGCCGAGAACCCGGGUCCGACGUGCACAGCAGGCUAGGCGUGGCCAAGCAAGAUAUCAAAGGCCUCUAUUCAGACACGCGUGAGAAGAAAUCAGGAGGAAGUCUAUGGACUCGCCUGGGCUCGGCCCCCAAGGCUAAAGAGAGGAGCCCCGGGCAAACGGAUGGUCCCGCGCGGCCCCCCGAGGAGGAGGAGGAAGAGGAGCUGCAGCGAGCCUGGGGGGCCCUGAUCCAGGAGAAGGAGCAGUCCCGCCAGAAGAAGAGCCGGCUGGAUAACUUACCGUCCCUCCAGAUCGAGAUCAGUCGGGAAAGCAGCUCGGGUUCGGACACGGAAUCCUGAUGGCCGGCGGGUGAGGCCGGCACAGCCCGGACCCCCCGAGACCCCGCAGCCCUGGCCGGUCACCGGCCGGCCCGAUGCCGAGCGCCCCGGGUGGAGGUCGGUGCACGCCACCUCCCCCUUGGGCAGGGGGGCCCCGCCUCCGCUCUUGCCAGGCGGGGGUGGCGAGACCCCAGUGGGACUCCUUCAUCCUCAAAGCAGCAGGCAUCUCUGGUUCACGACGACCUCGAGUGCCGGGGACGUCCGUCCACAAGUUACUAAUUGCCGCAGAAGUUGCAGCCGUUCUGAGCACUGCGUUUCUCCACCGCCCCUGCCCCUGCCCCUACUCUGCUGCCCCACAUCUGUGUCCUCGACUCUCCCCGCUACCCUCCCCCUGAGCCCACCCCGGCUCCUGAUUUGGCAGAGAAGGCCAGCAUUUUGUAGACUACCCUUUCUUCUGAGCAUUUUUACCGUGGCAUCUUUUAACGGCAAGGUUUUACACAGUUCAUCCAAAGAGCAAAGAACCGAGCACAUCUCACCACAAGCACCCCGACUUCCGACCGCCCCCUCAACUGAGAAGCUAAGAGGCCCCGGCCCCUCCUAUUACAGAACAGAUUUUCACGACGUGAGAUUGGCAAGAUGGAGCUGUGUGAGACAGAUCCACCGUUGUAGGGCCGCCUGCCUCAAGUUCAGCCAGCUUUGAAACGGACAGGCCAGGGCUGUCUGAGAUGCUUUAGGGGGACCACAGAAACGUCUUGAGUUUGGGGUGGGAUUGUGGCAGUGGGGGAGCAGGAGGUGAGCCAAUAAUGGCGACCCCUCUUUUUCUAGUUAUGUUCUAGGACUAUUGAUGACUUAAAAGCUUAAAAUUAAUUUUAAUACAUGUGAAUGUUUUCCUGUUGGCUACAGUGAAAAAGCUCCAGUGGUGUCUUCAUAUGUGCUGUUAAAUAUAUAUUAUAUAUAUAUACACAUAUAUAUAUAAUUUGAAAGAAGGAAGAAUGGGGUCAUGUUAUAUUUUAAUUGUCCUAAUUGUAUAGCCUGAGUGGACUGUAUAUAGUUUAACUUUAAUUUUUCAGCCAUUGUAGGCCCAUUGGUAUGAGAUGGGCUCGUGUGACGUGUGUCCCUUUUUAGAAGUGGCUGAGGUAAAUGUGCUCGCCGCCCCCCAAAUCUCAGAGACGAAGUUUCAGAACCGGCCCAUCAGGGUUAGAAAGGUCGGGCCGAGCCGUGAUCUGGAUCCCAGCCGGCAUGUGUGCUUGCCGAAAUAGCAAUAGAUUCUCUUUCCGUCCCUCACUUUGUACCACUUUGCCUUUUCUAUUCUUUUCUAUGGUCUUCAAAAUAAGGUUUUGCUCCAACCAGCUCAAGACGGGGAGUCUGAGGGCAUGGUACGGGGGCUGGGGGCGGGGAAGGACCUCCCACCCGAGGAGCCCGUGCCCCGGCCAACAGCACCCACCCGGAACCAGCCACUCCGACUCCACCUCCCCUUGCCGACGGCAGGGUGGACAUCCGUAUUUAACGUUGCGCGGCCCCCGGGGAGGACAACAGGAGGAGGGGCAGAGAUGCUGUUCUUUGGUGAAAGUAAAUGGCCGCGAGGCUGGAUCACUGUAA